AUGUCAAAUGUCAUCUAUGCUGAACCAGAUAUGAACAAGAAGGUCAAGUUUGACAGAGGUGAGAUGAAGGAGAGGAUUGUGGAUAUCUACGUCAGUGCAGACACCCUGAGAGACGGUGAGACCAGCACCAAGAGAGAAGAGACAGCAGACAUUGCUCCUAAUAAUGGACCAGGAGAUCAGCACUCAGAAAUAACAUGUUGUUCUGAUGGAUGGAAGAAGUUUGAAUGCAGUUGGUACUUCCUCUCUAAUGAGGAGAAAACCUGGGGGGAGAGCAGACAGGACUGUCUGGAGAGAGGAGCAGACCUGGUGAUCAUAAACAGCAAAGAGGAACAGGAGUUUCUCUUCACCUUCAAGAAGAGAGUCUGGAUUGGUCUGACUGACAGAGAGACAGAGAAGACCUGGAAAUGGGUGGAUGGAACACCACUGACCACAGAGUACUGGAAUGACAAGCAGCCUGAUAGUGAAGAUCCUAGUGGGGAGGAGGACUGUGUUGAGAUACAUAAAGAUUGGACUCCACUUAAGGCAUGGAAUGACAUGUCAUGUGACAGGAAACUCAACUGGAUUUGUGAGAAAGUGUUUUAACAUCACCAUGACAACAUACUGUAACACAUACAGCAGU